GAGAGCAUUUGCAGCAAAACUGAAAGAUCGAAAGGUCGAAAUCUCAAAAUGCAAGAGACAAAAGACGCGAGCAGCAAGCCGAAGAAGGUCAAUCUCUCAGAUCACAGCUCCAUCAAGCACCUUCUCGACGAGUCCGUCUCAGAGAUUGUUAAAAGUUGCGGAUAUGUGGAGGACACCAAGUUAAGUAACUUGAAUUUGUUGAUUGGAACCAUUGUGAUAACCAUUGCUCUGUUUGCUCAGUUCUACAAGAAGAAAUUCCCUGAAAACUACAACUUUCUUAUUGGAUGCAUUCUGAUCUCAUACGUGAAGGAAAAAAACGCAAUUCUGUUCACUCAUCCUCCUGUGGGAUCCUUUAGUACUACUGGGUUGGUGGUGUCUUCCAAAUUACCAAGGUUUUCAGACUUGUACACUCUUACAAUAGCAAGUGCAGAUGCAAAAUCAGUCUCUGCAAAUAAACCGGUGGAACUCACGAGGAGCGUUACUAAGUGGUUUACUAAGGACGGAGAAUUGGUGGAAGGCUUGUUGUGGAAGGAAGUGGAUGGACUUAUAAACAAGUAUGCAAGAGAACCAAAGAAGAGCAAGUGAAGUGAAUUUCGUCUUGGCGGGAUCCUCCACAAGAUUCAGUUCUCGUACACAGCGAACUUUAUUGUAUGUGUAGUUGUUUAGAGUGAACCUUUGGAAGUGUUGUCAUUCAGCGUAUAUGUUGCUAUACAAACCAAUUCACUUUGAACAUCAGGGUCCUGAGCGUAUUAGUAUUUUGAACUUGAUCUAGAUGUUUGCGCGCCCAGCAGUUCAUUUCGUUGAUGCUUUGGUAGCUGACCAAACCAUCUUUGAGUUAUCUCUACAAAU